CCUGGGUCCUCUAGGAGGGAGCCGGGGGUGAGGGCGCCGGGGUUAGAGGAAGAAAGAAUGGGAGGAAGGAGCCAGGAUUCCCGACUCUCCCCACCACCACCACCACCACCCCCGGCAUAGGGAAGAAAGAGUGUGAUGCGUUGGGAGGGAGUCAGAGCAGCCGAGCGCGGAGGGAGCCGGGACUCCUGGGUUCCCUAGACUAGGACCGCAAUGGAAACGGAACUAUCCCUCCUUGCAGAGCGAGGAAGUUGGCAUAAAAUGACCAAGUUCACUUGAGGGAAUGCACGAAGCCCUUCUAGAGGGGAUAGUACCCAAACCUGGGGGAAGAAGAAACAGUGCUGUGACUUGUCAACUUAGGAGUGUCUGCAGAAGAGAGAAUGAUGUGGAAAACACUGCUGAUGGUGGAGCUAGGGGGAGCUGGGAGCCGGGGUCCCUCCGUGCUCCCGCUCUUUCCUCUCGCCCGCCGAUACCGGUCCUCUUCAGCCAUUGACCAGCACCACGAACUGGCCCGCGAGCGAUCCAAGACGGUGACCUCCUUCUAUAACCAGUCAGCCAUUGACAUAGCAGCUGAGAAGGCCUCUGUGAGGUUGACGCCCACCACCAUGUUGUAUUCCGGCCGUUCUCAGGAUGGGAGUCACCUGCUGAAAAGUGCCCGCUACCUGCACCACGAACUGCCCGUCCGCAUCGCUCACCGGAUCAAAGGCUUUCGGAGCCUGCCCUUCAUUAUCGGCUGCAACCCUACCAUUCUCCACGUGCAUGAGCUUUACAUUCGAGCCUUCCAGAAACUGAGUGAAUUUCCCCCAAUCAAGGACCAAGAUUCAGAGGCCCAGUACUGCAAACUAGUCCGUCAGCUUCUAGACGACCACAAGGAUGUGGUGACUCUGCUGGCUGAGGGCUUGCGGGAAUGUCGCAAGCAUAUACAGGACGAGAAGCUGAUCCAGUCCUUUCUGGACAAGACCCUCACCUCCCGUCUGGGUAUCCGGAUGCUGGCCACUCACCACCUUGCCUUGCAUGAGGACAAGCCAGACUUUGUUGGGAUCAUCUGCACUCGCCUGUCUCCAAAGAAAAUAAUUGAGAAAUGGGUUGAUUUUGCAAGGCGCCUGUGUGAGCACAAGUAUGGGAAUGCCCCGCGGGUGCGGAUCAAUGGGCAUGUGGCCGCCCGCUUCCCUUUCAUCCCCAUGCCUCUUGACUACAUCCUUCCGGAGUUACUCAAGAAUGCCAUGCGAGCCACUAUGGAGUCUCACAUGGAUACACCCUACAACGUGCCAGACAUCGCCAUCACCAUCGCCAACAAUGACAUUGACCUGAUCAUAAGGAUUUCAGACCGAGGGGCCGGAAUCCCUCAUGAACUUGUUGAGAAGGUGACUGACUAUCACUUCACUACAGCUGAGGCGAGCACCCAGGACCCCCGCUUGAACACCCUCUUUGGGAACAUGGUGGAAAUGGGGAACAGUGCCCAGUCUGGGCCCAUGCACGGGUUUGGAUUUGGGCUGCCCACCUCUCGCGCCUAUGCUGAAUACCUGGGAGGCUCCUUGUCUCUCCAGUCCCUGCAAGGGAUUGGCACCGAUGUGUAUCUCCGCCUCAAGCACAUUGAUGGCAAAGAGGAAAGUUUCCGCAUCUAGAAAGCUGCCUCUUGGUGGGCCAAGCCCCUCUCAGCGGCCGGAAGAAGCUUGAAUACAUGCUCCACCCAGUUCCGCAUGGAUACACUCGUUCUCCUAUGAACUCCUCAGAAUGUGCUAUGCUGUGCUACGAAAGCUCUCUUCUCCUCCCCUGGAAAGGAGCAGGGGUCGUUUUUCUUUUUCCUGUGCAGGACAUCAUCAUUGUCUCCUCCGGGUUCUUCCAGUUCUUUCUUUGGGCAUGCUCUGUGGUAAGCCACAGAUCUCUUGGACUCCAGAUGGCGGAGAGAGGGCCUGUGGACAGAUCUGUUCCUCCUUCCUAAAUGGAACUAUCGGAAGAAACAAAAUGGCCCUGGGGUGCAGCAAGUUCAGUGUUUGCAGCCCCCCUGUACACACUGCCAACCCUACCCAGCCUCUUGUUCGUCCUGCAUUCUGUUCCUUUCUGCUAAUGGAUACAAAGACAUCAAGUGAGGGGAAAGCUUUUACUGUCGUGUGGACUGAUCCCAUUUGGCUCUCUCUCUUUUUCAUCUGAAAGGGAAGACUUCCAUGGCAGCCUGUGACACUGAAACAUUUCCCCUUGUUACUUAACUCCUGGGGAAGGACUCACUUUAUUGCACCCUGUUCAGGGAACCAAAAGCUACACAGCAGUCUUCAGGAAGAGAGGACUUUCUGUUGGGUACAGCACCCAAAUGCCCUCAUCUUGUGAGGAGAAGACUCUUGCAACACCAAGAUGGGAGCUUUGCUGCCCAUGGUGUGGAUUCCAAAAUGUCCUUCCUCUUCCCUAAAUGAUAUUUUAUUUCCGCCCUCCCCCUCAAUCUUCCCAUUGCCAUUAAUUGAUUUUUUUUUAAUUUCAGGGAGCAGGAUGAGGGUGUUUUGCUCUCUGCUCCACACCUCUCUGCAUUAGAGGAUGGGGGAAUCCCCCCCCCUUUUUUUUUUUGCUGUGAUACUCCAAUAAAAAAGGACAGAUUCCAAAA